AUGAAGAUUCUCGUGAUCGGCGCCAGCUUCGCAGGCCUGCACGUCUCGCACGCCCUGCUUAAAACCCUGCCCUCCAUCAAACUCACGCUGGUGAACCCCUCGCCCACCUUCUUCUUCACUUGUUCAGCGCCAAGGAUCCUGGGCCAGGGUCUCUUUCGAGAAGAGGAAUACCUGAUUCCCAUCCAGGAUGCGUUCCGGUCGUACGGGGCCCGGUUCGAGUUUGUGCAGGGGACGGCGCUGAAGAUCGACGGUGGGAAGCAAACAGUUUCAAUCAAGGAGAUGGAUAGUCAACAAGUCCAAGAGGUUCCGUAUGAUUAUCUUAUUAUCACGAGUGGGAGCACGACCCCCUCCCUGUCGAACUACGUGCCUAUCCCCUUCAAACAGUCGGGCGAGGAUAACAUGUCCACCCUGAUCAACGAUGCACGGGAGAAGAUCCAGACAGCGUCUGAGAUCGUGAUUGGGGGUGCGGGCCCCCUCGGCGUCGAGAUCGCCGGCGAGAUUGCAGAGCGGGCAGAGAAGGACGGCCGCGCCGUCACCAUCUCGCUGAUCAGUGCGACGGAGCGGGUGCUCCCCAUGCUCUACGAGAAGGGGAGCAGGGUAGCCGAGGAUCUCCUGACGCGCAAAAAGGUGAAGAUCAUUCGAAACAAACGCGUGGAGGAAGUCACAGUCUCCGAUGGUCGAUAUACCCUGACUUUAUCGGAUGGGACUUCCCUCUCGACAGCUCUGUACAUCCCUACGGGCGGCGUGCAGCCCAACAACGCCUUCAUCCCUGCAGAGUUUCUUGAUGAGAACGGCUGGGUGGUGGUCGACGGGACGAUGCGCGUGCAGAGCAGAGAGAACCAGAGCCAGAACCAGAACCAGAACCUGCCCAUCUUCGCCGCGGGGGAUAUCACCAACAACUCGCCGCGGCUGGUCUUGAAGGCCAAGCAGCAGGCGGGCGUGCUGGCUGCGAACCUCGCUGCUGAGAUUAACGGAUCCCCGCUCAAACCAAAGACGUACCACCAGGGGGAUACCUUCAUCAUGGCCGUCCCCAUCGGUACGGCGGGGGGUGCCGGGCAGGCGUUUGGGUGGACGGCGUGGAGCUGGCUGGUCUGGUUGAUCAAGGGGAGGGAUUUCUUUAUUUCAAGGGCCAAGGGGUUUGUAGUUAAUUAG